GUGUUUUCCGCGUGACCUACUGCGGGCUCAACCUUCUGAUAGUCGCCUUGCAAAACCGAAGGAGAACGAAACAGCCUUUUAUUUUGAGGGUUCUAAGACGGCUUGAUUUCUUUCUUUCUGAUCAUGACUUGAUCUGCUAAGAAAUCUUCUACACGAUGUCUGCGAAAGGGAGUGAGCUCCGAAAGUUAAGCGAAGAAAGCUUGACAAGACCCCCAGAAGAAGUGUUUGAUGUCCUUGAAAAACUUGGAGAAGGUUCAUAUGGCUCCGUUUUCAAGGCAAUGCACAAGGAAUCAGGUCAAGUUGUCGCCAUUAAACAAGUACCAGUCGAUACUGAUCUGCAAGAGAUAAUCAAGGAAAUAAGUAUGAUGCAGCAGUGUGAUAGUCCCUAUGUUGUCAAGUAUUAUGGAAGUUAUUUCAAGAACACUGAUCUUUGGAUUGUUAUGGAGUUCUGUGGUGCAGGAUCUGUCUCGGACUUAAUGAAAAUAAGAAAUAAAACUUUGAUGGAGGAAGAAAUAGCAUGCAUACUGAAAUACACCCUCAAGGGUUUGGAAUAUCUUCAUUUGAGAAGAAAAAUACACAGGGAUAUCAAGGCAGGAAAUAUCUUGCUUAAUGCCGAAGGUCAUGCCAAGCUUGCAGACUUUGGAGUUGCUGGUCAGCUAACCGUAAGUGCUAUAAUUUGUGGAAAUAGACCAUACGCACUGUACCUAAGUAAAUAACUGUAUUAAAACAGGCUUUUAGGGGAUUGCAUGCAGAUGCAUCAUUUCUAUGCCUGAGGCAAUCAAGGUCAGUAGACAGUUACCAAUGGAUUCUGAACCCAGUACUCGCUGGACUACAGCUACAAUCGUGGUCAAAAGUCUUGGGAUAAAUUUUCACCUUUUGCACUUUUCUGCACAUGCCAGACGUGAAUACAACUUCACCUGCUCAACCUCUGCCCCCCAUCCCACAUACAAUAUAAUGUUG